GGUGGAAAAAUAUGUUUAUCAGACCAUUUCAAACCGUUGUGGGCACGUAAUGUGCCGAAGUUUGGAAUUGCUCAAGCAUUUUCGUUAGGGUUAGGACCGUGGCUGGCUGUUGAAAUACCAGAUCUGAUCGCGAGAGGAGUGAUACAACCGAAAUCGGGAUAG